GAAAAUAACUUUGUAUUUGUCGCACGUAUUGUGCCAUAUAAAGCAAUAUUUCACUGCGUUUAUUGGUUUCUGUGAUGACCAAUAAGAGGCGGUUUUGGUGAUAGGCAAACCAAAAUAGGAAGCACGAGACAAGUGUGUUGACUACAUAUUUUAUGUGAUCAAUGGCAUCAGAAGAGAAAACCAAAGUUGUGCUACUUGCAUGCGGGUCAUUCAACCCCAUCACAAACAUGCACCUGCGCAUGUUUGAACUGGCUCGUGACCACCUUGAAGACACUGGUAGAUACAAGGUGGUGAAAGGAAUAGUAUCUCCAGUUGGGGAUCCCUAUGUGAAGAAAGGUCUGAUUAAAGCCUGUCAUCGACUGAGGAUGGCUAGACUAGCCACAGAGAAUUCUGAUUGGAUCACAGUGGAUGACUGGGAGUGUCAGCAGAUAAAGUGGGUACAGACAGCCAACGUUUUACGGCAUCAUCAUGAAGAACUUAUUUCAAAUGAAAACAUCGAUGACGACGUGGACAAAGGGAAAAGGAGGAAAAGACGGAAGCUGGAGCAAAAUGAAAACGCCGGUCAAAGCUCUUGUAUUAACUUAAAUGCAGAUACUCCCCAGCUAAAACUACUAUGUGGCGCCGAUGUGCUGGAGUCCUUUGGCGUUCCCAACCUUUGGAAGACGGAUGAUAUUGAGGAGAUAGUGAGCCACCAUGGUAUGGUGUGCAUCACCAGAUACGGCUGCGACCCUGAGAAGUUCAUAAACCAGUCUGACUUACUGUACAAACACCGUGAGAACAUCCACGUGGUUCGAGAAUGGGUUACCAACGAGAUCUCAGCCACUCAUGUGCGCCGGUCCCUACGCAGGGGACAGAGUGUGCGCUACCUGCUGCCUGACCCUGUGGUGAACUAUAUUCAGGAGAACAAUCUGUUCACUGCAGAGAGCGAGCAGACUAACGCAGAUGUGAUACUUGCCCCUUUUCAGAGAUAAAUGAGCCCUAACUAGUCUGUUUUUUUUCUCCUUUUCGUGGAAUGCUUGUGUGUUAUCCAGAAUAUCUAGAUUUACAGUCUGUUGUGCACUCCCAUCUUGAUCAAGGAGUGAUUGCUUUGCCUUAUCAUGUGUCACUCAAUAGGGUAUCAGAUUUUAUUGUGAAGUAUUCUUAUUUAAGUCUAAAUAAAGACGUUUUAAAGAUGA